GUUUGGGGCGCGUCGUCAGCGCGCACAGGCACAGCCGCUCCACCUCCAAGGCUCUGUGGAAGAAAGGAACACAUUCGGGAGGUAGCACUAAACAAGCAAUAAAUGUAUGUAUUUUUAUACUACAUUUGAAAAAAAAAGGGAAGUGCGGCUGAGUAAGCUAAGCUGUGUUUGCAUUAGGAUUUUAGUGCAGGGAGCGUGUGAAUGCGUGGCUUCCUUGGCUGUGCGCUGCUGCGCGUAGAGGGAGCGACGUCAAAAGAAGAAAUCAAAUCUGUGGGCGACUGUUGUUUACACAGGAGCUCUUGAGGUUCAGAGCCACAGUUUAGCAAGCAAGCAAGCCUGGCUGGGACUUACAGUAACAGGGCUGUUUAGCGUUUGACUCUGUGUCCAAUGCAAACAGAGCCAACAGAGACGCGCUACAAACUACACGCACACACAGCCUUGAAGGUACAUUUGGUAAAAAAAACAAGAUAUUUCCAGAGAAGGAGAAGAUUUCGGAGAACAUGAAGAGUUGCAGUUGAUCGUGAGGGUGAGCACAUGCUGUGCACGUAGCCGAUCGUUGCCUUGAGUGAACUUUUUGUUUUGUGGAUGCGGACAUGGAAACUGUCGUAAACUAAUAACAAACUGCGCCUGGCCUUGCUUGCAGGGGAUGGUACCUCGGUGUUAUCCUUUUUAAAAACAGUCUUUUAGUUCCAUAAAGCCGUCAGCGAGGAAAGUCGGACAUGGAGAGUCCGGAGGAGAAGGAGAACAGUCCCCCGAAGUCGGAGCGGAGCUACGCGCUCAGUUACAUCGGCUGGUCGUCGCUGGACAGGCGGACCACCCUGCCCAUGCUACCGUGGCUGGUGGCAGAGAUCCGCAGGAAGAGCGAGAGGGGCGACUGCGGCAACGUGGUGCAGCCCAGAGAGGUCAACUUGAUCCUUAACCCCCCCUUCGUGCGCUGCGUGCCCUCGAGCAGCAACAACUCCUCAGUCUUCAUCUUUGAGCACAAAGCGCAGCUCAUCUCUCGCUUCAUCCACAACAGCAAUGAUCUCUCUUACUUCGCCUAUCUCCUGCGGGGCCAGCCCGACAACCCCGAGUCCGAGAUGUCCUGCCAUGUCUUUAAGGCCGGCGAACCCAACCAGGUCGCAGAGGUGAUCACCAGUAUUCGCCAAGUGUCCAAAUCAGCCCUGAAGGAAAAUGCCAAGCCCAAACAGGAAGCUGAGGAAGCCUUCUACAACUCCCAGAAGUAUGAAGUGCUUUACUGUGGCAAGGUUACAGUUGCACACAAGAAGGCUGCGUCCACACUCAUUGACGAUUGCAUCGAUAAGUUUCGUCAGCAUGAGCUUGAGCGCAAGCGCCUCCGCCUGCUCAAUGGUCAGCGAGCGUCCAUGGAAGGUGCCCCCGUGGAGCUCCUCAUGGCGAGCGAAGCAGACCCACUCUCCUCUGCUCUGGCUGAGAGUACGGAAGGCCAAGAAGUUCCUGGAGUGGAGGACGUAAGCGGAGGUGAAGGUCGAGUCAUCACCAGCAGUGCCAGUCAGAGCAGUCUGCGAGGAGCGUUCCCCGAGUGCAUCCUGGAGGACUCUGGAUUUGAGGAGCCUCAGGAGUUCCGCACACGCUGCAGCAGCUUGGCAGGGAGUCUGCAGAGGAAGCCGGGGGAGGGCGUCAUCAUGGCUCCCAUGCGGCGCAGACAUGCCAGUGCACCAAACAAUGUUCAGCCGUCUGAUGCGGACAAGAACCGUACCAUGCUCUUCCAGGUGGGGCGCUUUGAAGUCAACCUCAUAAGUCCAGACAGUAAGACAGUGGUGCUGGAGAAGAACUUCAAAGAUAUCUCAUCCUGCUGUCAUGGCAUCAAGCAUACCGACCAUUUUGGAUUCAUCUGCAGGGACCAGUCCGAGUCUGGUCCCAGUCAGUAUAUUUGCUUUGUUUUUCAGUGUGCCAGUGAGUCACUGGUGGAUGAGGUGAUGCUGACACUGAAGCAGGCCUUCACUACAGCAGCAACCUUACAGAGCAGCAAAACCCCGAUCCAGCUCUGUGAAACCUGCCCCAUGCAUAAAUUGCACAAGCUCUGUGAGCGAAUUGAAGGUCUUUACCCACCCAGAGCAAAGCUGUCCAUCCAAAAGUAUCUCUCCCAGCUGACGGACAAUGAGCAGGUUGAGAUUUUUGAGCGAAUUCAGAAACUGAAGCCCGGGUCGGACCAGGAAGAGAAUGAGCUGGUGAUUUUCCAUCUGCGGCAGCUUUGUGGGACCAAACAAAAGUCCCACCUUCACAUUGGUGAAUCCCCUCAGAAUGCAGCAAACUGCUCGGCAGCAGGCGAUGGCUCAGCCACCGGCAGUCGCUUUAAACUUGAUAUUCUGAAGAAUAAAGCACGCACCUCCCUCACCAACUCCCUAGAGAAUAUUUUUACAAGGGGUGCCAACCGAAUGCGGGGCCGCCUGGGAAGCAUGGGAAGCAUUAGCAGUUUUGACAGACAGGAUGAGGAGUCCCCUGGUCACUCCCCUCCAGGUUCCCCUCCCGCCUUCCCUGACGACGACCCAGAAGCCGGUCAGCAGUUCCGUCGCCGUGCCCACACCUUCAGUCAUCCACCCGUGAAGAAACGCAUCUCCUUCGAGGGACAGCCAAGCGGCCAGAGCAAACCGGCUCCACUGCACAGACAACACUCUGUUAACCCAGAGCUGCUGCAGAGCAGUCCCGCGGCGGUCACGAGAACGCGCAGCGUAUCGGAGAGCGAGUCCUCCUUCAGCCUCCCCUCCUCCUUCUCCGCUCCCACUUUCCUGAAAAGCUUUUACCAGGGUUCCCUGGGUUCCCUGGGCUCCCUGAGCUCCCUGCCAGACAGUGGGAGCCUCAAGAGCAAUGGCGAAGGCAGGAAUAGGAGGUUGUCCGGCUGCAGCAGCGACUCUGUAACUGGAGGCCUCCCUGCGACCCCGCGCAGGGUUUCCUGGAGACAGAGGAUCUUCCUGAGGGUCGCGUCACCCAUGAACAAGCCCUCUGCAUCCAUGCAGCACCCAGAGCUGUUGCCUCUCUCUCCUCGGGACCUGGACUCAAGCCUUGACCCUUUCGGUCAUCUCCUGUCAACAAGAGUUGACCUCUCUUCCGGGGAGAGGCCAAAGAGGACAGCGGCUGACUACAGGGCCCUCUGGAAGACUGCCAUCCACCAGCAGAUCCUUCUGCUGCGCAUGGAGAAGGAAAACCAGAGACUGGAGGCGAGCAGAGAUGAGCUGCACAUCCGCAAGAUGAAGCUGAACUACCAGGAAGUGGGCCAGUGCUCCAAAGAUGCACAGGCAUUGUGGGAGAGGAAACUGACAGCCCCAGGCAGAACAACAGUCCCCCAAGACAAGGAAGCGAUGUAUCAUGCACUGUGCCAAGGUAUUCCCAAGGGCAGGCGUGGGGAGGUCUGGUUGCUCUUCUCCCAUCAGCACCGGCUGCAUCACAGACUGCCUCAGCGUCAGCACGCACCCGACACUCACUACCACGACCUGCUGAAGCAGCUCACUGCACAGCAGCACGCUAUUCUGGUGGAUCUAGGCAGGACCUUCCCCACCCACCAGUACUUCUCAGCCCAGCUGGGUGCAGGGCAGCUUUCCCUUUACAACCUCCUAAAAGCCUACUCUCUGCUGGAUACAGAGGUUGGCUACUGCCAGGGUAUCAGCUUUGUGGCCGGAGUGCUGCUGCUGCACAUGAGUGAAGAACAGGCUUUUGACAUGUUGAAGUUCCUGAUGUAUGACCUCGGCAUCAGACGCCAGUUCAGGCCUGACAUGGUCUCUUUGCAGGUUCAGAUGUACCAGCUCUCCAGACUGCUGCACGACUACCACCGCGACUUGUACAAUCACUUCGAGGAGUACGAGAUCUGCCCGAGCCUCUACGCAGCACCUUGGUUCCUCACCCUCUUCGCCUCACAGUUCCCCCUGGGCUUUGUGUCCCGCAUCUUUGAUUUUGUAUUUGCCCAGGGGACGGAAGUCAUCUUUAAAGUGGCUCUGUGUCUGCUGAGGAGCCAUGAGGGGGAGAUAGUGGAGUGUGACACCUUUGAGAGCAUUGUGGACUACCUGAAAAUCACACUUCCCAACCUCACUCAGACACAGAUGGAGGAGACAAUUGUAAAGGCAAUGGAGAUGGACAUCUCCAAGCAGCUACAUGCCUAUGAGGUGGAGUACCAAGUCCUGCAGGAUGAGAUGAUAGAAGCCGGGCCGUUGCCUGAUGACUGCGACCGGCUAGACAAACUAGAGAAGACAAAUGCUCAGUUGAAGAAACAGAACAUGGACCUGCUAGAAAAACUUCAGGCUGCAAGGCAGAAGAUCCAGACGCUGGAGACAAGCGUGGAGAGUCUUCUUUCUCGGGAGAGCAAAAUGAAGCACAUGAUUCGCACUCUGGAGCAGGAGAGAACAGGUUACCAGAAGACCAUUGAACGCAUGCGCUCGUGCCUUCCCCCAGACACCCUGACAGAUGUGGAGAUGACCCACAUCAAAACUGGACCCAACGGGAAAGCCAAAACUGCAGCCAAGAAGCCCUGAUGGCGAACAGGGGGCUGGCUGCUCUGGUCAGGUGCUCAGAAAAAGACUGAAGUGAACUAAUGGAGACUGCUUAAGUGGAAGGAUGCUGAGUUCCACAGCUUUUGUUGUGCUGCUUCACAAGAGCAGCGGUGUUUUGUAAAGAAAAAAAAAAGAAGAAAGAAACAAAGAAAUGUAUGACGUCUGGACUUGAGAUGAGCAGACUGUAUUGGAAAAACCCUGAUAUUUGUUAGCAGAUAAUAGAGCAGUGGGGAGAUGGUUUGAGUGAUUAGUGAACAGACUGUUCCAUCCGUGCAUUAGAGCUGCCGCUCUGUCUCGUCUUCUUUCUCUGCCAGUUUGAAGGUGAGAUGGACAACAUCCUUCCCUAUUCAGGUCUCCUGGUCAUUUUGACGAGACUGACAUAAGUGUCUGCCUCUGCAAAUCUUUUUGAGCACUGCCCUUAUGUGCUCACUACCAGUUUCAGUAGCAGCAUAAAAGCAGCGAGCAGAAGUCGGCAAACAGUCCUUUGGACCUCAGGUUCAACGUAUAUAGCCAUUGUGUGCAGAAUCCUGAACUUGAGACCUGUUAUGUUAUUUUUGUGGCUUUUUAACUUGAGUCUGUGAUGGAAACUCAGGUUAAUCACAUUGCUUUAUUCCUUUUUACUCACUUGAAUUACAGUAUUUGUGAAUGUAAUUUCCCCUCAAAGUUCAUCAUGAGUAUAUUUCGUUUUUCACCGCAGAGGCGUUGCCUGGGCACACGUCUUCCGUAUUACACUUUCAGCCGGUACACAGUAUCUUCUGCAGAUCAUCACCCAGCGCCCACACCACUGCCACCACGUGAGAGACUUUAAGUACUUGCACAUGCUGCUUUGGAGGAGGAACUGUUUUUUCCUGACCUCAGACAGGAUGUGACGUCGCCUGCCUUCUCAGUUUCCUGCGUGACUGACCGCGGUGUCACCUCGCUUUAGCGCCAUGUUCAGACACAGAGUUGACACUCCCCAUGAGGCACCGAGAAACAAACGAAAGGUUAGAAGCGAUCUGAAUGCAGCGUCCCAUCACGUUCUCCUGGUCUGAAAGCCUUUGACUCGUCGUCUUUGUCCACCCAAGAUUUGACAGAACGUCUUUCUACGACUGCCCGUAUACGUUUUAACUGAAGCAGCUGCAGUAAUGUGGCGAAGAUUUUUAACACAUCACAUAUCAGCAGUUGCAUUGUUGUUAGUAAAGAUUAGUGGAGAGCCUGCAAAGGAAACAAGUAAUGUAAAGACAUUUCAGCUUCCUUUUGAGAAACUCAUUUAUGUAUGGGGUAUGUGUGUAAACAGAACUGCCUGAGUGCAGGAGCAGACAGUUUAAAUGAAUUCAAAGAGCUGUCCCUGGCUUUCUCUUUAGUUUUGUUUUAUCUCACCUCUGUGUCUGACUCACCAAUAGUCAGUAAUAGCCAGUUCUGAUUGAAAGCAAAAGUGUCCAGAGCUUUCAUAAAACACUUGAACAUCUAAACCAAGGUGAAGUGAAAAUGAAAAUCGUCACGCACUCACACACACACACACACACACAGUGUCUGCCAGUCUUCCUGUUUUUGGUGACAAGAUGUGGCGACACAUUCACGUCUAUGCCAGUGAAGUGCUUUCUUGAUCGUGCGUCCUUUGCCGUGCAGUGCACCGUGUUUGUGUUAUAUGCAGUCCUGCAUAUAUGCAUACACCCAGGGCACUUGUCUACUUUUGCAAAGACUAUUGAGGAUUAUUGACCCGAGUUUGAUAGGUUGAUGAAUCCAGCCCGAUGUUCUCUGUCUCGGGUUGAAAUGACGAUUUAUUUGACAAUGUUAAAAGUUUUGCACCUCUGCACAGCAGGGAUUCUCUCAACAGUUUGCAGGGUGAAUCAUAUCAGGAUGAAAAUGGAACUGACCGCUCUCCUGCUUAUUUGUGCAUUGGAGAAAUUGUCCAUUAAACCAAAGAUAUGGUUGUUUUUUAAAAUUGAAAGAAUGGAAAAAAAAAAGAGAAUCAAUUAACCGAGACUGCUGUGAUUUAGUGAAUGUUUUUGUCACUACACCUGUUCAGCCUCUGUAAGUUUGUACCAAGAGAAAUGUUUGGGGGGAAAAAAAAAGAAAUAGUGGCAGAAAAGACCAUCAGUUGACUUGUUUACUCCACAUUACCCAAUGUUUAUUUCUUCUUGGCUCAUUGUUCUGUGCCAACAGUGAGCUUUUGUUAGCCUUUAUUCCCUGUUUAUCAUAUAAUUGUGUUGAUAUCUAAUGUGACACACUUGAUCACAGUCAGUGAAGGGUCUUUGUUUUAGAUCUGGUGCUCCGAGUCCUGACUCGUGUCAGUCAACAUGAGGGCUACACAGAGGAACUGUCGUGAUUCCUUCAAUAAACCUCACCUUGUCUUUU